AUGACUGCGUCGCUCACAACAGUGCUGUAUCGUUUCCGGCAACGACAAAUUGCCAUAGCAGGUGACAUCAGGGAGAUGUUUCACCAGAUCCAAAUUCGUCCACAAGAUCGUCAAGCCCACAGAUUUUUAUGGCGAGAUGAACGUGGUGAAACGAGUAAGCAAUACGUCAUGGAUGUGGCAACCUUCGGGUCGACCUGCUCACCUUCGUCGGCCCAAUACAUUAAAAACAGGAAUGCUGAAGAGUGGAGCGAACAGUACCCGGAGGCUGCGGUAGCCAUCAUAGAGUGUCAUUACGUCGAUGACUAUCUGGACAGUCUGGAUUGCGAGGAAGAAGCUGUUCAACUGGCGCUCGAUGUGAAGACCGUUCACGCUAAGGCCGGAUUUGAUAUGCGGAAUUGGCUAUCAAACUCAGAGCUGGUCGUUCAACGGGUCGGGGAUCCGGGCCAGCAGGUUACGAAGAGUUUCACAGUCGGCAAAAGUUCGGAGACUGAAAGGGUGCUGGGAAUGAGUUGGACACCGAAGGAGGACACUUUCACUUUCGCUGUGCAUUUUCGGAGCGACAUCCAAUCGUUGAUCAGUGGCACGAGCGUGCCAACCAAACGCCAAGUUCUGCGGGCCGUCAUGAGUGUUCUCGACCCCCUGGGAUUAGUCGCGGUGUUCGUGAUCCACGGAAAGUGCUUGGUGAAAGACAUUUGGCGGACCAAAAUUGGUUGGGAUGAUCCAAUUCCCGAGAAACUCCACGAAACUUGGCGUCGAUGGAUUCAAGUUCUUCAACAGCUACCUCAACUCGAACUACCACGAUGCUACUUUCCAAACUACAGUGUCGGCAGUCUUCGGAGUCUACAGCUUCAUGUGUUUAUGGAUGCCAGCGAGACGGCCUACUCUUGCGUCGCUUACUUCCGGAUUGAGGAUCAGGAAAGGGGAUUCCGAUGCGUGCUAGUUUCGUCCCAGACAAAGGUGGCUCCGCUAAAACCGCUGUCAAUACCACGUUUGGAGCUCCAGGCGGCAGUCAUUGGUACACGACUGAUGAAGUCCAUCCAGCAGACCCACACGCUGCUUAUCUGCCGACGAGUUAUUUGGAGCGAUUCAAGGACCGUCCUAUCAUGGAUCCAAUCAGAUCAACGGAAUUACCGGCAGUUUGUUGCGUUUCGGAUAGGCGAGAUCUUGGAGGAGACCAAAUUGGAAGAAUGGAGAUGGAUUCCAUCGCGCUUCAACGUCGCUGACGAAGCGACAAAAUGGGGAAAUGGACCAAACCUACGCGAGAACAGCCGAUGGUUCUGUGGACCAGAGUUCCUAUGCAAAGAAGAAUCGGAGUGGCCGAAACAGGAGCUCCCGGAAGCAGAUACAGCGGAAGAACAACGACCAGUGAACGCGCACCAUCGAGCGGCAGAGGAACCACUCGUCGACUUCAGACGAUUUUCCAGUCUUCAACGUUUGGUUAGAACGGUUGCUUAUGUGCGUCGUUUCAUUGCUAUCGCUAGAGGAAGAUUCGUUGCUGAAGCUCCUGCAUCUGCAAUAUUGUCUCGCCAAGAGAUUCAGGAAGCGGAGUUUACACGGGUUUACGUUGGGUUCAAGCGGAGGUUUACCCCGAUGAAUUGCAUACGCUUCGUGCCAAUCAGCAGCUAG